AUGUCAGUAACUAUCCACUCCAAAAUUACCGACAUUGAUAGCUUGAUACCCAGAGUCGUAGACUGUGAAACUGAAGACUGCAGAUUCAAAUCUUUCUUCUAUGAGCUAUACAACUUCCAUGUUGAACUCGAAGUCUGUGGGCCGGUGAAAAAUAAUACGUCCAGUGAUACCUUGAUCUCGAAUAUUCUCACAGCCAGCGAGACAAUCACCAUACCUAAGAAAAGCUGGGAAAUAGCUACGAGAGAGUAUUCCAGACCGCUUAUCCGUGCACAGUGCUCAAUGACAAGAGUAUUGAUGGAGAAUAUCUAUUUUAAUCUUGAGGGUAUCAAAGAGCAAGGGCCCAGGGUUCAAUUCAUGUCCUCUCCACGUGGGUUGAAAUAUACCAUCGGUGGUAACCGAUAUAGAACUAGAGUGGAGGGCGCAGCUAUUGUUGGACCACGAACUCAAUACCUACCCAUUAUUUCUUUUACUGGGGGACUCGAAAAUCAGACAUGGGAUGAAUUCCUGAUCGAGACUUAUAGUGCGAUGCUGGGCCAACUUACCAGAAAUCUUAGUAUUCUGCAGACCGGCUUCGAGGAUCAGGAAGUUUUCAUAAUUGGUUUCCAUGGGCCAUAUCUUCAUAUUGCACGUGGAUACUUUCCAAAAGGCCUUAUCACGAGAGUCCAUGCCGAAGGAUACUCAGAAAAUGAGACUAAAAGUCUCAAUUUCACACGGGGCUACAAUCUGUGUUUCAAAGAAGACUGGCUUGAGGCCAUACGUGCAUUAUCAAGGUUGCUUCGAUACAUUAUUAGUGGAAAGGCAAAGGUCGGUGCUGUACAGGUUAAUAUGUAG